AAGCAGCGGGUGAGGAACUGAGGAUGAUGGUACCAAGUGGUAACAAAUGGAAAGCAACAGGGAAAGAAGGCUUGACAACAUUCACAUCUUUUGCUUUCCCAUACCUCACCAAUUCCAGGAAAAGAAAAGAAACUGUCAAUGUACGUAGAGCCAAUAUGGCAGUGUAUAACUCAAAGAAAGCAAAUUUAACUGCUGCAAGAAAGGAAAGGAUGAAUUUGCCGAUUACCGAUGGCGGUUAUCGUAUCAGUGAAUUUCUAAGUCACCCGUUUGGGAUUCAAGCUAUAUUGAACACGGGUAGUUUGCAAAGUUUUCAGUCACUUGAUGCCAACACAUAUAGGUGCAUUUUGCCGAAGGUUGAACUUCUUAACUUUGAAGCAGCACCUGUGCUAGACUUACGAGUUUCCCCAUCAGACGAACAUUGCACUGUUGAGAUGAUUUCUUGCAAGUUCCAAGGUUCAGAGCUUGUGGAACGCCAAAAUGACCGUUUUUCAGCUUUCAUGGUGAACUCCAUGACAUGGAACACAAAUAUCUCUGAACCAUUUUUGGAGGUUGACGUGAAGUUGAAUCUCAUGCUUGAGAUUUACACACAGCCCUUUACUUUGCUGCCAACAUCUGCUGUGGAGAGUGCUGGAAAUUUAGUAAUGCAAGCUCUUCUGGAUAGGCUCGUACCAUUACUUCUUGAGCAACUGCUGCUAGACUAUAACAAGUGGACAAAUCAACACCGUGCAGUUAUUCCAUGAAUAUGCAUCUUGCUUGUGGUUUUCACGGCCAGAUCUCGUGCUGCAAAGAGGUGGUGAUGCCAAUUAUCUCAAUAGAAAGUUUCAAGUUGACAGCUCAUUCUCUGCGCUGAUGCUCUUGCUCUGACCGUGGACAUUCAGGCUUCCCUUGGUAGAGAACGCGACGGUGCCACAUGAAGUAAACUCUUAAUUUCACUGACUCUUAGUAAACUUUUAGAUUGUAGCUUCCCUUGGUUAAGCUACAAUCUUCUCAUAGAUUUUUUUUUGAGCCCUCCUUCAGCCUUGGAUCUUGUUCUGGAUGAUGGAACUGCGAUUGGUGCGUUUGAUGUUUUGUGUUGUUUGUGCUAUCAGUUGCCCAACAGGCGCUAGCAUCCCAAACAGUGUUUUAAAUAAAAUACUUUAUUAGUUA